AUGUAUCUCAGUGCCCAGCUUAUGAGAACUGUCACAGCCUCCCACUUGACCCUCAGAGCCCUCUCCACUCCCCCCCUCUUUCAACAUCGCCAGAUAGCCGCCGUUGAAUGGUGCGGGACAACCCGGCCUGGCCUGGCCAGGCAAAAAAGGACGCAGCACGCCUCGAGCGUUAUUUCCAAAUCGGGCGUACUAUCAGCCAAGCCCAGCUCGGUAUUUUUAGCGCUUCUCGCAGGAAAAUUGGCUGAGAAGUAUAUAUACGCGAGAAUGUUGCUCUUCCAUGUCUCAGUAGUCAAUGAGUGUCCAGUGGUGUUUCAUUCUGGACCAGUUGUUUGGAAGUAG